UUCAUUUGUGUCAGUCAUCCAAUCCAAUCCAAAUUCUCAAAAUUUUCAGAUUGCUUGCUUCCCGUGUGAUGUUUUGUUCUUUUUUGCGAUAUAAACUUAAAAAAAAUGCUGUAAUUACAACUUGGAAUCAUUCCAAAAAAUAAUUGUGUCCUUUUCUCGUUCCAAUAAAACGAUAUUCAUCGAAGUUUCUUUGUCUCGGUGAUCAAGUGACUUAUUAAAUCCGAUCUCGGCUGCGAAGGUGUAUAUUUGCAAUCAGUGAAACUCAUUGAGGGUUUGAAAAUGGAGACUUCUUUAAAGGAAGGAGAGGACAAGGAACUCGACGAUAGCGGUUGCGUCCAGGACGUUUGUCCUGCACCAAAGCAGUUGGAUGACGAGUCACAGGAAGCGGAACUGUUGGAUUUGUCUGAUGAUGUUCUCCUUUUAAUUCUGAAGCAUUGUUCACCUAGAGACUUGAAAGCACUUGGAUACACUUGUCCUCGUCUCGGUCGGCUCAUCAAAGAUCGUACUCUCUGGCAACGUGUAGAUGCUCGUGGAGAACCGACUGGUCGAGCGAGGCUUAGAUGGUUUCUGGCCCAUGCCUUGGGUUCGAAUACUACCGAAUUAAAGCUGACUGGGUACGCUAGGGAGGCUAAAGGAUGUUUGGGCCACGUAGACAGAAAACGCAAAGAAAUAGAAGAGGAACUCGAAAUGAUUAAUAAAAAGGACAGCGAAGACCCCGAGGCAGCUACCUCAUCGACUAGCGGGCCUAGUCAAGCAGGACCCGCGACAGCUAAUAGUGAAUCACCCGUUCAAAUCAUAAGGGAGGACCCUUUGACAAGAUUGCAGAGACUCUACGCACAACAAUUGCCAAGGUACAGCGGCAUACUCUCCUGGCCCGAAGAUGGUCCAGGUGAAGUGGACCCAGAGGAUGUGGUCCUAUUAGACGGGUCCUGCCCCGGGCCCCAGUUCACAUUCACUCAGUGCACUCUUAGACAACUUAGGACCCAGUGCUCUUUGACAUCACUAACGCUGCAGUACUGCAAUAUAAAUUGCAAUACCACUGGUAUCAACCAUUUCCCGCCUACACUGAAGAGGCUUUCUCUGCGCGGUUCCAAAUGUUACAACCUGCCGUUGGAUAAAUCUUUCUUAUUCAAUAUCCAAGACUACCUGCCUCAAUUAGAGUAUCUCGAUUUAUCGGAGUGUGAAUGGCUUGAGCCGGCUUCCUUCUUGCCUCUGAGCAAGGUGAGCAAGCUGACUCACCUCAUAAUGAGGGAUUGUCACCGUAUGGCCGAGUUUGUGGCGUACGCUUCUUUAGCUACAAGAUACGGGUUCAGGAAACUGCAGGUCUUAGACGUUCGCGGCUCCCCGUUAGGCGAUUCCGAAGUGGCAGCCCUAGGUUGGUUGCCUGUUCUACAGGAACUAUACGCUAUGCCGGCAAGAUGCAUUCCCCCCCCUCCGCCAGACCAUUCGCAUUGUAGGGACGAGAGAUUACCAGCACAUAAUGAUUUGGAACCCUGGGAGAUGCAGGAGCCGGAAUACUUUCAAAUCAAACCGCAGGUGGUUGAACCAAUGGACACUAGAUCCUCGACGUCCAUAGACGAUAUAGAGGAGCAUAUAGAGCAACUCCGCAACUAUGAGAACAACAUAUGCCUCCACGGUGUAGAAUACAACAUGUGCAUGGAAGGAAUCAGGUGUGCUAUAAAGGCUGAACAAUCCGUUAAUGCUGAUAAACAGUCUACAGAACCCAGCAAAAGCUCAGAAGACACAACUAAGGUCCCUGCCCCACCCACUGCUAAUUCCACUAACCAAACGAAAUCAUCACAAGCCAGCACUAGUAACGAAACGGAACCAGAAAAAUGUGUCUGCAGCAGUAGCAGAAACAUAACGCAAUAUACCCAAUAUACCUUUCCUCCUGACACCAGCGGCACAGACAUGAUUGAAAUAUCCCUGAAAUCCGAUCCAAGCGACAGAUCGGAUAACGAAACGCAGAACUACGUAACUUUCAAAAGGGUGCGACAUAAUCCUUCACAUUCGGGUGCUAGCUCAAACGCGAGACAAAUAAUCUUCGAUCCUAAUGAAAAUAAAUCCGAAGACCAACCGGGGCCUUCUCUUAAACGCUGCCAGAACGACGAUAAUGUUGUGCCAUCGAAAAAGUCGAAAUCCAAAGACUCCGAACAUUCUAGUCCAGCCAUAACCAAUUCAGACCAGAAAGAACCCUUCAGCAACGACGAGGACAGUUCCGAUGAAGAAAUUCCAUUAAAAAAGAUAUGCAAAGGUGUAGUCAAUGACGGAGCCAGCACUUCGCAAAGUACCGAAAAACCUCCCACAAAAACGCCCGAAAACUCGGAAGCUACAAGCAAGAAAAAGAAGUAUGACUACGUCAGGUUCAGACAGAAUAUGGAGCCAGUAAUAGUUCGGAGAGACGCGGAAGAAGUCGAGGCGGAAGAGCGGGAAAGAGAAGAGAGGGACAGAGAGAUGCAAAGGCAAGCGAGAGAGAGACAGAACGAGGAAAACCAAAAUGUGGAAGCGAGACCGCGCGCUCACGUUUUAUACGUUAACGUGGGACAGCAGUUGCAUACGGUAUAUCGUUUAUCCAUACAUAACGAGCCGCCUAUAUUCUAUUCCUUCGCAAGAAACAGCCAUUUGCGUUUCCGUCCGAAUGUUGGGAAUAUAUUUUAUACGCCACCAACGGCAAGGUUAGAUGCCACGUCUCUGAUAACAGACUCGGCUUUAAGGAGAUUUGGAAGAGCAGAUAUUGAUGAUAUAAACGUGGUAAACAUAGGGCCUUGUAGGCCUCCAGGGGAUCCCGGAGCGAGACCUAAUAAAUCAAAUUUAAGAGUACUUUCUGUGACUGGAUUUAGAAGUAUCACGGACAGAAGUUUGGAACAUCUAGCAACGGCAGCUCCCCAUUUGAGAAGAAUUGAUUUCAGUGAAAGCGGUGUCACUCAGCAUGGUGUUGAGAAUUUCAAAAGUUUGCGGCCGGACUGUGAAGUUAUUUUCAGUGAAUACGUUGAAAAGGAAGAUAAACCUUGAGAUUUCUUUGGAGGAUCUCGGAUAUUCGUAAGUCUUUACAUAUUUAUAGUUAUCGAGGUUAGUUCAAAACAAAAAUUAGCAAGCGCUCAAAAGCACGUUUUAGUUUAGUAUUUUUGUAUUUAAUACGAUAUGGGAUCGCUUGCAAAAAAAUUGAUGACCGUUAACUCUUCGUUCAUAAGAAAUUAUUUACCUUAAACUAAAAUGUUUACACGCUAGAUUGUUAAAUUAGUAAUUAGUUUAAUUGUCAGUCUUAUGUAGAGGAAAGUUUAUUUGUAAAACUGAAUUUUCUCAUAAUGAAAUCAGUCUCAAUUUUUAUAAUAAAAUGCAUUUUAGUGGCCAAUACAGUCCAUAAACUUUGUGAUACCAAAAAUGUGCUCCAUACCCCGAUUUCAAUAUUGAUAAAAUACAACGCACUGCAGAUUUCGAAAAAGUGAAAUGUGUAACCGCAGGCGGGUUCAUUUUUUUUAUCAAUGUGGCGGGUUAAAUUUUGACAAAAUUAUGUUCAAAAGUAACUGCCAAGAAAAUACAAUUAGAAUUAAAGUAAUGAGAGAAAUCUGUUAGUGUCAAUAAAGCUUCUUUCGCUUUUACCGGACUUGGAUUUCACUCUUUGUAAUUUAUUUUACUUUAAAAAAAUAUAGUAAUUUGUAAACUAAUUUCGUUCAUAUAGAAUUGGAUUUAAAAUCUAGAGCAUACAAAUAUUAAUCCAAAAUGAAAUUCAUUAAAUCGUUUAAUAAUAAUAAUUAUUUAUAAACCUAAAAUAAUAUAUUGUAUGUAUUUACAAAAAAUGAUCUCUCGUGUCUUCUAUUGAAUUUACCUAAUUUUUUCAGGCAAUUAAAAAAUUCACGGUGUAUUAUUAAAUGAUUAGUUUUGUGAUCCUAUAGUUAUAGUUAUGGCAAUAUAUGUAAAGGUUAGUUGGCUUGUAGUGCGGUAUAAAUAAAAAUUAGAAUUAAAUUUGUAUCGGAAACAAUUAUUUUAUAAUCAAAUAAAUAUUUUUCUCACGUCAACUUUCGGUCUGACCGUGUUUUAACCAUAAGAAGGCUAUUGUAUAAGUAAGUAGUUAUUCAGAGUAUAUAAUAGUAGUAGCAGGCAAACUGCACAAUCGGACCUUUUGGAGAAUGUCCAAUGCUAGCAUUUUCAUACAAAUAUCUUAGAAGAUUCUCGGUUUGUCCGAUUUUGUGGUUCGCUCGUCACAUAUAUAAUUAUUAACACAAAAUGUAAGCUUUACGCAUUAUUAUAAAGAUAAUGGUUUUAUUAGUUUUAUUGAUGGUUUGCGUUUUACAUCGCUAGUUUUAAAGUCAACUUCUAAAUGCCUGCUUUAAAAAUUAGUAUUUUAAGAACAUUUCUUUAAAAAAAAGCGUGUGCGCCAGACAGACUAACGCCGUAACGCGUUACGUAACGAAGCGGUUUACCCUCCUAUAAGAAGU